AUGGCUCCUAAGCCCAACACUAAAACCUACUCUACAAAGGGAAUGCGGCGGGCAUCGCGUCCUGAGGACGUAAAUCGCCUUCCUGAUCCUGGAUCCGGCUCUGAGUAUGAACCUGAACCCGAACCUCAACCUCCAUCCAACGCCGAUGACGAGUCGAACGAUGUGGCGCCUCCUCAAUAUGGGACUACACCUUGUAUUCCAUGCCUGAGACGCAUGGUCAAGGUGCCCUUGAAGGGACAUCCUGAGCCGUGUAUCUUACCAGCGACUCAGCGCUCAAAGGCGUGUCCACAAUGCCAUGGGAGAAAGGACAGAUGCGACAGCCCCGCGCGCUCAGUAGAACUAUUCCUCAAAGAAUGGGAGAACAAAGAACGCAGGGACCGCAUGGCAGAUUUCACGGAAGUCGCUGAGAAUUUACAAGACGCCGCCAAGCUCAAGCUCCUCGAAGGACAACAACUCCCAAAAAAAUGGGCGGAUUGGGCCAAGGAAGCCCAGGGAUACAUCGACGACGUGGAUGAAGGAAAAGCAAAGCAAGAGGCGCACAACGAAAAAGUCAAAUACGACGACAUGUGUGCGAAGAUCAAGGUACUAGAGGCUCAGGUGAGCAGUAUUGAGGGUUGGAUUGCAAAGAACGCGGGGAUUCUUGUUUCGCGGGAUGAGAAUGAUGAAAUGUUUGUUCGGUUUAUGGCUUGUGCGAUGAUUCUUGAGGAGGACGAUUGCGAGAAGUUUCAGAAGACGUUGGAUCGUAUUCGGGGGGUGGAGGAGGUAGGUAAUGACGGUACUGGUGAUGAUACUGUAGAUGAGGAGGAAGAUGAGGAGGAGGGGUCUUUGUCGGGGGGACGAGAUGAUGUCUCAAUGGUGUCGGAGUGA